GCCCUGUUCUGUCCUGUAUCUGAGUAAUCAGCAGGUUCGGAGCAAAGUCCACUCUGUUGGAUCAAACACAAAAAGUAUCGACACAAAAUCUCACUCCCAACACAGUGAGGAGCGACAACAAGACACUGACAAGAAUGGACACCACAUCUUCAUUUAUCAAAUCAGUGACCAAGCGAGUGUGGUCCGCACCGCAGCGGCCUUUCCGGGUGUGCUGUCACAACAGAGAGACCCGGAAGGGCAUCACGGCCGGGACCCUGGAGGAGCUGAGAGAAAGGGUGUGCCACGCGUUGCUGCUGUGCCUGUCCGCGGUGUCUCUGUCCCUGGUCUGCGAGGAGGACGGGACGGAGGUGAACUCGGACGAGUUCCUCGCGACGCUGCCCGACAACACCACGCUCAUGGCCCUGGAGCCCGGGCAGACGUGGAGAGCACAGCCGGGCGCAGUCGUGGCCAAAUCUCAAGACCACGGUAUGCCGCGGACUGGGAAAGACAUUGCCCGUGUCACCUUUGACCUCUACAAGAUGAACCCAAAGGAUGUGUUCGGCUCUCUGAAUGUGAAGGCCACGUUUCAAGGCCUGUACUCGGUGAGCGCCGACUUCCAGUGUCUGGGGCCCAAGAAAGUCCUCAGAGAAGCCCUGCGUUUGGCCUCCGCCCUCCUCCAGGCCGCUGGACACCUGCUCAUCACGUCUGCUUCCGUGAUCCGUCGCAUCAUUGAGGGCGCUGAGCUUUGGCAGCCGCAGAGGGCCGAGUACACGGCCAGCUGGAACAACUGACAGAACCAAGACAGACCACUCGAUAUGUAACGUAGAGUAACCAGGCCUGGUAUCGUUAUUGAUUUAAUGUGAGUAGGUAGGUUUUGUCUGAGAUUUCCUUCUUUUCUUAUUAAUAAGCUUCUCACUGUAUGGCUUUAAUUGAUCUGAUGUUAACUCCCUUGAGAGGAGGCUAAAACAAACAUGACACGGAUAUCCUGUCAAGGUAAUAUAGUUUUAUAAUAUGAUUGUAUGACAGAAUAUAACAUACAAAUAUGCAAAAACGGAACAAAUCCAGUGUCAGAAAGCGUCUUUAGCGACAACAGAGGAGGCUUCGUGGUGAAGUAGGAUAACACAAGAGAGUUAUUUUUUAUAUGUAAUAUAUUCUAUAUCCUGAAAUUGUGCUAUGUUUUGUUCAUUUGAUGUGGAUUAUAUCAGUGUCAGUCUGCUGAGAGAUUACUGGACACAACAAACCACUAUAACAAUAUGCAGUUAUUGUAAUUAUGAUCUGCAAAAUCAUCUGCAUUUGGAAAAAAUACAAAUAUUCAUGUAGUCGGGGAAAAAGAUGAUUCAUUUUGCAGCUUGCUAAUGUCUUGAUGUAACCAAUCGUAAAGACGAGAGACAUGUUCAAAUGACGAGCGAUGACAAUAAAAAACUUCUACAGGGCA